UGCACGUCUUGCUGUGUUUUUUGACACGCCUUGAUUUUUGUAAUCGCAUUUUCGAAUAAUUUUGUGGUUUUUGAUGUGAUUUGUGACAUCGAAUAAGUUAAUUAGUGUGUAUAGUUAAUUAGUGCAUCGAUUCAAAUAAGUUUAAGUGGAGAAUUACGUCGGAUUUCGCCGCUAAAACAAUGGCAAUGACAGAUCCGUACGGUACAACGGGGACUUUGACCCUAAAAUGGGACCCGAAGAAUCUGGAGAUACGAACCACUUCGGUGGAACGUACUUUAGAGCCGCUUGUGCUUCAAGUGACCACGCUGGUCAACAGCAAGGAUAAGGCAGCGAAGAAGAAGCGUCCUGGCAAGUCCAAGCGGGCAAGCGCUCUGGUGGCAACGGUGGAGCGAGCCACCGAGAUAUUCAUCGAGCGCGGGCAGACCAUUGCUUAUGAGAACCCGGAGAUUACGCAGGAGAUGCUGGCUGCGGUCGAGGAAGUUAGGAAGGCUGGAGCAGCAAUGAGCGUAGCCGCGCGCGAAUUCUCCGAGCAACCGUGCGCGUCCGCCGCACGCUCGGCAAUGGUUCGCGCCGCGCGAGCGCUGCUGUCGGCCGUGACGCGCCUGCUCAUACUGGCUGACCUGGUGGACGUGCGGCUGCUGCUGACGCGCCUGCGGACGGUGGAGAACGACUUGGACAAGCUGAAGUCGGCCUCAUCGCAGUCCGAGCUGGUCGAGUCGGCGCGUCAGUUCGGCCGCUCUGCCGACGAACUGGCUGCGCAGGCUGCGAAGAGGCAACACGAGCUCAAGGAACCGGUGAUGAAAGACUCGCUGGCUGCAGCGCGGGCAGUGCUGAAGAAGCAUUCCACCAUGCUGCUUACUGCUUCCAAGGUGUACGUCCGCCACCCUGAAUUGGCGGCUGCCAAAGCGAACCGCGACUACGUGUUACGCGCUGUAUGCUGCGCUGUCGACGCCAUAUCUGCAGUCGCGCACGGCCGCGCCGCGCCGCAUAACGGAGCCAAUCGUCCCCCGGUCGAGGGCCCUGGAGAAUUGGCUCAAGCGCUCGACGAUUUUGAUGAGCGCAUGGUCAUGGAACCGCUAGCUUAUUCGGAGCUGCGCACGCGGCCGUCGCUUGAAGAACGUUUGGAGUCAAUUAUCUCAGGCGCCGCGCUGAUGGCGGAUAGCGGCUGCACCAGGGACGAGCGUCGCGAGCGUAUUGUAGCGGAGUGCAACGCAGUGCGUCAGGCCCUACAAGAUUUGCUCCACGAGUAUAUGACCAACGCCGGCAAACCAGAACAAUCCGAAGGCUUGGAGCGCGCCAUCGAGCAUAUGUGCCGCAAGACGCGCGAUUUGCGUCGGCAGCUGCGCAAAGCGGUCGUGGACCAUGUGUCUGACAGCUUUCUGGAGACCAACGUGCCUCUCCUGGUGUUGAUGGAAGCAGCACGCAACGGGAACGAAAAGGAAGUUGAAGAAUACGCGCUCGUGUUCACCGAGCACGCCAACAAGCUUGUGGAGGUGGCGAACCUGGUGUGCUCGAUGUCAAACAACGAGGACGGCGUCAAGAUGGUGCGCCACGCCGCCUCGCAGAUCGAGGCUCUGUGCCCGCAGGUGAUCAACGCGGCCCGCGUGCUAGGCGCACGUCCGCGCUCGCGCGUCGCGCAAGAGAAUGCUAGUGCAUUCGCACGCGCCUGGGAGGCCGGCGUCAAGCUGCUGACCGACGCUGUUGAUGACAUCACUACUAUUGACGACUUCUUGGCUGUUAGCGAGAACCACAUCCUAGAAGACGUGAACAAAUGCGUGGUGGCGCUUCAAGAAGGAGACCCGGACUCGCUCGAGCGCACCGCCGGUGCCAUCCGCGGACGCGCCAACAGGGUGUGCUCGGUGGUGACCCAGGAGAUGGACAACUACGAGCCGUGCAUCUACACCAAGCGUGUGCUGGAAGCCGUCACCGUGCUCAGAGAUCAAGUGAUGUCCAAAUUCGCCGUACGCGUCGACGCAGCGGUUUCCGCGCUCGGUGGCGGCGCAGGCGCAGCGCUCGACGAGAAUGACUUCAUAGAUGCUUCGCGACUGGUGUAUGAUGCUGUGAGGGAGAUACGACGCGCCGUGCUCAUGAACAGGGAGGAGGAGGAGCUGGACCCUGAGGACGUGGAGCUGGACGAGCACUAUACGCUGGAGACCAGGAGCAAAUCGUCGGCGCACACGGGCGAGCAUGGCGUGGACGAGUACCCGGAUAUCAGUGGCAUCACCAACGCUAGGGAAGCCAUGCGUAAGAUGACAGAAGAAGACAAACGCAAGAUCCUCCAACAAGUGGAGCUGUUCCGCCGCGAGAAGAUGACGUUCGACAACGAGGUGGCCAAGUGGGACGACGCCGGCAACGACAUCAUCAUGCUGGCCAAGCACAUGUGCAUGAUUAUGCUGGAGAUGACCGACUUUACGAGAGGCCGCGGUCCACUCAAAACCACGAUGGACGUCAUCAACGCCGCCAAAAAGAUCUCCGAAGCUGGCACCAAGCUUGACAAGCUCACCAGGGAAAUCGCUGAACAGUGUCCCGAAUCGUCAACGAAGCAAGACUUGCUUGCCUACCUCCAACGCAUCGCCCUGUACUGCCAUCAGAUACAAAUCACCAGCAAGGUCAAGGCUGAUGUGCAAAACAUAUCCGGCGAGCUCAUCGUGAGCGGGGCAGGGAAAGACGAGGACAAUCAAAGUACAGGCAUCGUGAUUAGUGGGCUGGACAGUGCCACGUCUCUCAUCCAAGCGGCCAAGAACCUGAUGAACGCGGUCGUCCUGACCGUCAAAGCCUCCUACGUGGCCUCCACCAAGUACACCCGCCAGGGAACCAUUGCUUCUCCCAUAGUGGUGUGGCGCAUGAAAGCGCCUGAGAAGAAGCCGCUCAUCCGGCCGGAGAAACCUGAAGAAGUGCGGGCUAAAGUCCGCCGCGGGAGCCAGAAGAAGCAGCCGAGUCCUAUACACGCGCUGGCUGAGUUCCAGAGCCCAGCUGAGAGCGUUUAAGGUGUUGCCGGAGAAAUGGCACUACGAAACAAUA